UGUUUGACGAUUCUUUGCUUGUGUUAUGGAAGUUACUGGGUAGGUUUUAGGUUGGAUUGUAUAACAGCUGUUAAAGUGUAGACAUAAUAAAAUCUAAUGCCAUAAUAUUUCCUUUAAUUUAUGAUAUACGGUUUAAGAAAGUAUUUUAAAAGCUGUGAGAUUAAUUAUCGCAAUGUCAGGGGAUGCAACGGACGUGCAUUUCGCGGCAAAAUCGAACCCUACUACUGUCACUGAUAGUCCUGUCACCGACCCAGGGUCAGCAGUAAAGGAGGAAGAUAUCUAUGAAAUCAUCUUAGAAGACACAAAAAAACCAACUACUGUUAUUUGCCAGAACAUAGACCCUGCACAAAAUGCUGCUUUUGUAGGACAACGGAAAUUGGAUACUAAAACUUCAAGUGCUUUAAAAAAGUCCAACCGGUAUCGUAGCCGAUCCUUGUCAGCAUCUUCCAAUGACUCAUACAGUUCAGCCUCGUACACUGGGAGCAGCUCUGAUGAAGAUGAUGUUUCUCCCAGAGAAAAGUUGCAAAAAAGCACAAGUGGUUUCACGGACUUCUGCGUCCGCAACAUCAGCCAGCAUGCCUUCGGACGCAGAGAAAUCGAAAUAGCAGAACAAGAAAUGCCAGGAAUAAUGGCUCUCAGGAAGAGAGCAGGAGAUGACAAACCUCUAAAAUCCGCCAAGAUCGUCGGAUGCACACAUAUCAACGCCCAAACUGCAGUGCUGAUAGAGACUCUGAUAGAACUAGGAGCCCAAGUCAGAUGGUCGGCCUGCAAUAUCUACUCCACUCAGAAUGAAGUGGCUGCGGCCUUGGCUGAGGCAGGUUAUCCGAUGUUUGCAUGGCGAGGAGAGACCGAGGAGGACUUCUGGUGGUGUAUCGACAAGUGUGUUAAUGCAGAGAACUGGCAGCCCAACAUGAUUCUGGACGAUGGUGGUGAUGCCACUCACCUUAUGCUCAAGAAAUAUCCUGCCAUGUUUAAAAUGAUUAAAGGAAUUGUGGAAGAGAGUGUGACAGGAGUCCACAGGCUGUACCAGCUGUCUAAAGCUCAGAAACUCACCGUACCUGCCAUGAAUGUUAAUGAUUCCGUGACUAAAACCAAAUUCGACAAUCUGUACAGUUGUCGGGAGUCUAUUAUUGACAGCUUGAAGCGGUCAACAGAUGUCAUGUUUGGUGGCAAACAGGUGGUUUUGUGCGGUUAUGGAGAAGUGGGCAAAGGUUGUUGUCAAGCCCUCAAAGGCCUGGGAUGUGUUGUUUACGUAACCGAAAUUGACCCUAUUUGCGGUCUCCAAGCAUGCAUGGAUGGAUUUCGGGUCGUGAAACUGAAUGAAGUGAUUCGAAACGUGGACAUUGUAGUGACUGCUACGGGCAACAAGAACGUUGUCACUCGUGAGCACAUGGACAAGAUGAAGAAUGGUUGCGUAGUCUGCAACAUGGGACAUUCCAACACCGAGAUCGAUGUAAAUAGCCUCAGAACACCGGAUCUUACAUGGGAAAAGGUCCGUUCUCAGGUUGAUCAUGUCAUCUGGCCGGAUGGCAAGCGGAUCAUUCUACUAGCAGAAGGUCGGCUAGUCAACUUGAGUUGUUCCAGCUUACCUUCCUUCGUAGUGUCCAUCACAGCAGCAACACAGGCUCUGGCUCUGAUAGAACUAUUCAAUGCACCCCACGGUCGGUACAAGUCAGAUGUUUAUCUUCUACCUAAGAAAAUGGACGAGUACGUAGCCAGCCUUCAUCUGCCAACUUUUGACGCUCACCUCACAGAACUGACGGAUGACCAGGCCAAAUACAUGGGGCUCAACAAAGCCGGCCCCUUCAAGCCUAACUACUACAGAUAUUAAAAUAAAGACAGAGCAAGAAGGAUUUAAACCAGAAGGAAUUAUUUUUAGACAGGUUAAGACAGGUUAAGGUUAUGGAGACUGGGUACAGAGCUGAGAUUGGUGUGUUGUCAGUGUGUAAACUAAGCUGUAUAGUGUAUGUUGUGAGCUGCCCUCCCAAAGCAAUGUUAUUUGUUACAAAAUUGAUGUCUUCCUUCAGCUCGCUGUGUAUCCGAUGUUGUUCUGGAGGAAUGCCACACCCACUCAUAAUAAAUAUGCUAAAAUUAAUACCACACAAAAAUUUAAAAUAAAACAAGAUUGGAAAGUAGCGUAUCUUCAUUUACAAAACGUUCAGUACAAUGUAACGUAACGUAUAAAUAAACAUUUAUUUGUUUCUGGUAUGAUGUAUAGAGAUAUAUACAUGCACAAUUGUGUACAGUCAGUGUGUUGUGAGUCAGGGACUCCCUGAAAAUAUUUUAGUCACUGAUUGUUUAUCCAUAAUACUUCCGGUAUUAGAACAAUGAAGUUACUGUCAGAACUUUAUCUGAAUGUUAGUGUGUACUUGAUAUUGAUCUCUUAUAAAUUAAGUAAGAUAUGAUUUUAUAUUUAUUGAUUUCUUAUGUUUGAUUCUGUACAAUGGUGACAUUAUCUAUUUAAAUAAGAUAAAAAUAAAACAAAAUGUUACUCUUAAA